AUGUCCUGCUGUGACCAGUGCCAGCCAUGCCAGCCCUGUGGCCCGACCCCUUUGGCCAGCAGUUGCAAUGAGCCCUGUGUCAGGCAGUGCCAGAACUCCACCAUCGUCAUCCAGCCCUCUCCCGUGGUGGUGACCCUGCCCGGACCCAUCCUCAGCUCCUUCCCGCAGAACACCGUUGUGGGCUCCUCCACCUCCGCUGCUGUUGGCAGCAUCCUCAGCUCUGAGGGCGUACCCAUCACCUCCAGGGGCUUUGACCUCUCCUGCAUUUCCAACCGCUACUGUGGCAGAAGGUGCAACCCCUGCUAAAGGUGUUGGACACUGGCCCAGACAAGUACCGCCAGGAAUGCUGAACAUGGCAUCGGACAGAAAAAGAGAUGUGUUGCUGUUUUUGCCCUGCAAGACAGGCUUGUAGUGAACAGUGUGGCCUCUCUGUUAACAUGCAGAUUCUACUGAUAUACUUUGUUGCUCACUCUUCCUAUCUAAUAUGUUUU